AUGGGCGAAUCCUCCCCGCUCCCGGAGGGGAUCACCUCUCUGCUUGAUACGGAUCUGUACAAGCUGACGAUGCAAUGCGCGAUCCUCAAAUACUUCCCGGACGUCUACGUCACCUAUGGCUUCACGAACCGCACGCCGGAUAUGAAAUUGACGCGGGGCGCAUACAAAUGGAUUCUGGCUCAGAUGGACAAACUCGCGAAUAUCCGCGUUACGAGCGACGAGAUCGAGUUCUUGAAGAAGCGAUGUCCCUACUUCAACCACGCCUACCUGGACUACCUCACGACAUUCCGCCUCAAACCCUCAGAACAGGUCGAAAUCAAGUUCACGCCUGCGAAAGAUACAGGCAGCGACAGCGACCUCGGUGAUAUUGAAUAUGUCGUCAAGGGUAUUUGGGUCGAGACCAUCCUAUACGAGAUUCCCCUGUUGGCGUUGACCAGCCAGGCAUACUUCAUAUUCAGUGACAGGGACUGGGACUACGAAAACCAGGAGGAGAAGGCAUACCGGAAGGGCUACGUCCUCUUAGAGAACGGCUGCACGUUUUCAGAAUUCGGAACCCGGCGGCGCCGCGAUUACCAUACCCAGGACCUAGUCAUGAAGGGGCUGUGCCGGGCUUCGCGGGAAGGACAGGCCAAGGGUGUCCCCGGUGUCUUUACCGGUAGCAGCAAUGUCCACUUCGCAAUGAAAUAUGAUGUUGCUCCUGUCGGUACCGUCGCGCACGAAUGGUACAUGACCAUCGCCGCGAUCACAGACGACUACGAGAACGCAAACGAGAUGGCUUUGAAGUACUGGCUCGGCUGCUUCGGCGAAGGCGUCCUCGGCAUUGCCCUAACAGACACCUUCGGCACCCCCGCCUUCCUCGACGCUUUCCGCAAGCCCAUCCCCGCAUACACCUCCGCCGGCGUUGGCGCCGUCUCAACUACCCCCUCCGGACCAAGCACAACAGCCGAAUCAAACAUCCAAAGCGAAGCCGAAACAAAGCCACCGAUUUCCGCACCGCUAGAGAGCGAACACGCCAACGCGACUGCCAAGUCCUACGCAGACGUCUACACCGGCAUUCGCCAGGAUUCAGGAGACCCAACGUACUUUGUGAAAAUGGCGCGCGACUUCUACGACCGCCAGGGUAUCAAGGGGACCAAGACGGUUGUGUUCUCGGACUCCCUAGAUAUCGAGCACUGUCUUGAGUAUAAGGUCAUUGCGGAGGAGACCGGGUUUAAGCCUGUUUUUGGAGUUGGGACUUUCUUUACCAACGACUUCAUCAACAAAACCACAGGCGAGAAAUCCAAGCCGCUCAACAUCGUCAUCAAGAUCUCGUCCGCGAACGGCCGCGCGGCUGUGAAACUCAGCGACAACAUGGGCAAAAACACAGGCGACAAGGAUACAGUGCAGUCAGUGAAGAAUAGGUUGGGCUAUAUCGAACAUGAGUGGGAGGAGGGCGAUGAGAAGAAUCGGUGGGCGGGGAAGUGA